AUGGCUGAGAACUUAGAUGACCUAGAAGAUCUAGCCGUACUUGCAUUGUUACUAGACGAAGAAGAAAAAACAAAGAAUAAUACAAAACAAAAAAGACUUUGGGUUCACGACGUAUGGAAAAAAAGAAAAACAGAAGGAGAAUUUGCCACUUUAUAUAAAGAACUAGUUGAUCAUGAAACGAAAUUUUUUGAAUAUUUUCGAAUGCCACAAUACAGUUUCAACGUAUUGUUGCAUAAAAUUGAAAAUGAUAUUAAAAAACAAGACACUUUUUGGAGAGAGGCCAUAACACCAAGAGAACGACUGGCAGUUUGUUUAAGAUUUUUGGCUACGGGAGAUUCCUUUAAAACAAUUUCAUUUAGUUAUCGUCUAGGUCAUACAACUGUUUAUAGAAUUGUAAUUGAAACUUGUAAAAGUAUAGUAACAAAUUUAAUGUCAGAAGUAAUGCCACAACCCACAGAAGAAAGAUGGAAACAAAUUGCAAAUGAUUUUUGGACCAAUUGGAAUUUUCCAAGCAUUACUUAUGAAUACAGCCCUUAG